CCAUGGCCAUCACUGAAUAUUUCUACUGGGUUGCUCCUGAUAAUAUGACAUGGGAUGACUUUGAGAAAGACUUUGGAAAUAGCACCAGAAUGCCACCUACUGGAGAUUAUUUCAGCCCUUGUAAGAGAGUUCCAAUCAGCAACACAAAGGCUUUAGUUGUCUUUUAUGCACUGGUGUCCUUGCUGAGCUUGCUGGGAAACUCACUGGUGAUGCUAGUCAUCUUAUACAGACGAAGGGGCUGCUCUGUUACUGAUGUCUACAUGCUGAACCUAGCCAUUGCCGACCUCCUCUUUUCACUGACCCUGCCCUUCUGGGCGGUCUCCAAACUGAAAGGCUGGAUUUUUGGCACUCCCCUGUGCAAGAUGGUCUCACUCCUGAAGGAAGUCAACUUCUUCAGUGGUAUCCUGCUACUGGCCUGCAUCAGUGUGGACCGAUACCUGGCCAUCGUCCACGCCACACGCACGCUGACCCAAAAGCGCCACUUGGUUAAAUUCAUAUGUCUAGGCAUCUGGGGUCUAUCUUUGAUUCUGUCCCUGCCCUCUGCCAUCUUCCGCCAGGCAUAUAAACCAUACGGCUCUGGAGCAAUCUGCUACGAGGUCCUGGGUGGAGACACAACAAACUUUCGGAUAAUGUUGCGUGGCCUGUCCCACACGUUUGGCUUCCUCGCGCCGCUUCUGAUCAUGCUGUUCUGCUACGGGCUCACACUGCGCACACUCUUUAAGGCCCGUGCCGGGCAGAAGCACCGGGCCAUGCGGGUCAUCUUUGCUGUUGUGCUUGUCUUCCUGCUCUGCUGGCUGCCCUACAACCUGGUGCUGCUUUCAGACACUCUCUUAGGAACCCACUUAAUUGAGGACACCUGCGAGCGCCGCAACGCCCUUGACCAGGCCCUGUAUAUCACUGAGAUCCUGGGCUUUUCUCACAGUUGCCUCAACCCCAUCAUCUAUGCCUUCGUUGGCCAAAAUUUUCGCCACGAAUUCCUCAGGUUCCUUGUUAACUGCGGCCUGAUUCGAAAGGAGUUUUUGACACAUCCUCGUGCUACCUUUUGAGCACCUCUCACUGUUAAACCUCUGAAAAUUAACAGAGAGUACUAUCACUCCCUCAGGGAGAGAAUAACUAUCGUGCUAAUGUGUUGUGCUGUGUGCACGCAUGAGUGUGUGUGUGUGUGUGCAGUAUGUCUAUGGACAGAUACUAUCUGGUAUGUGGAGGGAGGUGACAGGAUCAGGAGAAGUUAGUGACAACUGUCUGUAGGGCCCACACCUACUUUCUGUGUUGGUACUGAUAGCCCUCCAAGGACUGCCUGUAUACUUCCAUGAGAAAGAAUGUCACCAUUUCUGUUGAACACAUACCUCUUUGACUUGUGAUCUGGGUAAUGAUUGUGGUCACAUCUGUAGCCUAACUCCGUGAGAACAAAGACCUGGAGCUUGCAUAUAGCAUUAACCCUCAUGGGUUGGACUCUCUCCUUGGAGCCUCACCGGGACUGCUCGGCACAUUCCAGCAGGCUGUCUAGUAACUCUUUGUCCUGUGAUCUGAGUUCACAAAACUGUUUUCCCAUCUUGGGGAAUGUCGCAAUGCCUGCUGAGGACAUCAGUCAGGUGCUGCUGAAGCACCAAGCCACCAGGCGGCCUUGUGAUGGAGCUGAAGAAGUCUUCCCUUUACGUGUCAUGGGUGGACAAAGGGUGUUUGGGAAACCAGGCCUGAGAAUCCCCUUUACCUCGUGACCAGAGUCACAGAGGGGGAUGUGUGUGUUGGGUACCAGCUGAGCCAAGGAUGGAGCAAGACUGGCAGCUAACUUUUGCCCUCUUGGCACUUCCAGUUUGACAGGAACAACAACUUUAUAAGCCAAAAUAUAGCUGUCAGCUGGCUGGACAGGCGGCUAUUUCCAACAAAAUUUCCAUUCUAUGUUUGUUCACGUGAAAGUACCUUGAGUAUGAGCCACAGAGUAUAAGUUGUGUGUGGAGUGGCUGGUGGUUCCUGCUGUCGACGGGGUUAGCUGUCCUCACUGACUCUGGGCUAGAGGCUUUACUCCCUGCUAGAGCCAUCUUUGCAGGCAUCACAUCUCACGUUCAGGAGGGUCUCCUUGUCCCUCAUAUGUGAAAAUGUGUGCAUUCUGCUUUAUGUCUACAAAUAACCAUUGUCUCCUGAAGUGACCUGGCCUGUCUUCGCUAAGUUAUAUCAAGUGACUUCCUCACCUUCAAAUGACUUCAAGAAAUUGUGUUUGGGACUAGAGAGAAGGCUCAGUGGUUAAGAGCACUUGCUGCUCUUUCAGAGGACCCAGGUUCAAGUCCCAGCACCCACAUAGUGGCUCACAACCUAUAAUCUAUAACUUAGGUCCCAGGGGAUCCAAUGCCCUCUUCUGACUUCUGUAGGCAUUAGAUAUGCACAGUAGAAACAGAAAUUCCCACUAGCGUAAAGCAAAAUGGAGAAGGUACUGGACUGUGUGGGGAUGGGGAGGGACCAGCAUGGCCCGAGGUGGGACUGCAGUGAAAAGCUGGGACUGGGAUCAGGGAACAAUGCUGGAGUAAGCCUGGGGGUGGGUACAGGGCUGGGUGACAGUUUGGCAUAAAGUAAGGUCAGAGGGACAGCUCUCAGUAAUAAGGGGGGAAAUCUAGACAUGGGGAGACUGAGAGUGACAGAGUAAGAUUUAGGGACCUGUUGAGGGUUGGAGGCAAGGAGAGUCCAGCUAGGGCCUGGACCAGGUCAGGACUAGAGGAAGGCCUACGAGAAUGUCAGAAAUGGGAUGAGAGCCAGUGAUUAUUGAAGCUACCUCAUAGGUAGGGUGUUAGUGUUCAGACGUCUGUACUGGCCUGACUUUGGUGUUGCGAUAGGACAUGUCCACAGUUGCAGCCACUAAGAGCACCACCUGUGCACAUCCACUAUGUUCCCUUUUAAGAGGGCCCUGCCCACCUCCCGUCUUCCCCUACCCUCCCUUUCCCCUUUCUCUCCGCCCAUCUCUCUGUC